AUGUCGGUUGAUCUGAACCCCAAGGUCGCGGUCGGCUCCGUGCCGUCGGGCGGCGUGCGGAAUUGGAUCUCCUUCUCCGGCGGCAACUGGGCGGCGAAAUGGGGCUCCGGAACUGUGCUGCCGGGCGGUCAGGACUCACAAGUUGUAGAUCCCGAGACGUACGUGGUCAAGAUGGAGACCAUGUAUCUCCUCAAGACCGACGACGAGGACCCAGCAUUGUGA